AGAAACGUCAAAGUUCUGCGAGCACGGAUGUUUUGAUGGGUUGGAAGUUGGGUUUGGUGAAAAUUUUCCGAAAAUUUUGCUUAAUUUGUGUCGUUUAGUAAAGAACAAUGAAACGAAAUGAAAAAUUUGAAAGUGAAACGGGAUUCGAAGGAUGGGGUGACUACAUGGGCGCCAAAAUUUCCAAACUUGAAGACCAGUACCGACACAGUGCGGCCAGCGUUGGUGAAAAACUUUCGAACCUUUUCGCGGGUGUAUCGAUCUUCGUCAACGGCUAUACCAACCCUUCGGCCGAUGAGCUGAAGCGUCUGAUGAUGCAGCACGGUGGAACGUACCAUCACUACAAAAGGCCCACGACGACCUACACGAUUGCGUCGAACCUUCCGGACGUGAAGGUGAAAUCCAUCACGUCCGAAGUGAUCAUCAGUCCCCGUUGGGUGGUGGAAUGCAUCGAACAGAAGCGACUACUAGAUCACAGCAAAUAUCUGUUGUACAGCAAUCAUAAACCGUCGCAACCAAAGUUGGCCUUCGGGAAGCUCGCCAGUUUGGACGUGCAGAAACCUGUGGUGAAGCCGGACGGUAAGGACGACAUAAGUAAGGACGAGUUCAUGAGCCUGUUGACCAAGUUGCAUGUACUCAACGAGAAAAUGAAGGAGUCUGAAAGUGCUGGGAAGAAACCUUCUCAAGAAAUAUCUAGUAGUCCUGUCACACCAUCGACAAAAACCAAUGAACUAAAGCAGCUAGAAAACUCCAAAGUAAAGAAGCAGAUAUUUCCAAAAUCCCAGGAGCCUGGUACAUCCACUCAAACCCAGCCCAGCACCAGUGAUCAAAAGAAGCCUACUUCGAAGGGAUCUCUCAGAGCGACGGACCCCAAUUUCUUGUCAGAAUUCUUCAGCAACUCUCGUCUGCAUCACAUAGCAACCCUUGGAGCAGGUUUCAAGCAGUACGUCGCCGAUCUCCGCGAGUCACACGGUGCCGGUUCGUUUCCGGAGCGCGAAACGCUACGGCAUCUACUUCCCAAGCUGGAUGACCACCUUGGAGGGCCACGUGGCCCCUUCGUAAUGCACAUCGACAUGGAUUGCUUCUUCGUGUCGGUUGGCUUGAGAAAGCAUCCCCACUUGCGGGGUCAACCGGUGGCGGUGACCCAUUCGAAGGGCUCCGAAGCCGGCAAGGUUCAGUCCCAUCCGGGGCAGAAUCGGUCGCUGGAGAUUGAGCUGUACCAAAAACGACUGGAGGAGCGCUACAAAACGCCGGACAUUCCGUACGAAUCGCGGCUGCUGAACGUGGACGACAACAACUCCAUGUCGGAGAUUGCGUCGUGCAGUUACGAAGCCCGCAAGAUGGGCGUCAAAAAUGGGAUGUUUGUUGGAUCGGCCUUGAAGUUGUGUCCGAAUCUGAAGACCAUUCCGUAUGACUUCGAGGGCUACCGGGAGGUGGCUUUCACGCUGUACAACACUAUUGCAAGGUACACCCUCAACAUCGAAGCCGUCAGCUGUGACGAGAUGUUCGUGGACCUGACCGAUCUCAUCAACGACAUCGGUUCCGACGUGAUGGACUUUGUCGGGCUGGUUCGGGACCAAAUCCAGCAGUCCACCGGAUGUCCAUGUUCCGCUGGAAUUGGCGCUAAUCGCCUGCAGGCCCGCAUGGCCACCAAAAAGGCCAAACCCAACGGUCAGUACUACCUGGCCCCGGACACGGUUCUGACCUAUAUGCGAGAAAUUCCGAUCGGAGACUUGCCGGGUAUUGGUCCGAGUACCACGUACCGACUGAAACAGUUGUCCUGGAGCACGUGCGGGGAUCUGCAGGCGGUUCCGAUUGCCGUUUUGCAGAGAGAAUUCGGCAAGAAGUUUGGCGAUACGAUCUUCCAUGCUUGCCGGGGAGAGGACGAUCGCCCCUUGGUUUACGAUCAGGUAAGAAAAUCUGUUUCAGUAGAUGUGAACUACGGCAUUCGGUUUAAGGAAGAGUCCGAGGUUGAACGGUUUAUGAAACAGUUGUCUGAGGAGAUUCAUAAGCGACUUAUGGAGAUUAAAAAACGGGGAAAGGUAAUUACGGUUAAACUGCUUGUUCGAUCGCCAGAGGCACCCGUUGAGACCGCCAAAUUUAUGGGUCAUGGGCUGUGCGACAUUGUCAACAAGUCUCAUCCCUUGAAGGACUACACUUGUGAUCUGGCGGUGAUCGAGAGAACUGUACUUGCGUUGAUGAAGCAGAUUGCAGCACCACCGCACGAACUGCGUGGAAUCGGAUUGCAGAUUUCCAAGUUUGAAGACAAGAAAUCUUCCGAAGGUUCGAAGAAUGCCUUAAAAACAAUGUUCGAGAAGGUAGCUGCAAAGCAGGAGACUGCCAAGGUUGAUCAAUCGAUUGCAACAUCGUCCCAACCUCUCUCGGUUCCCCCUAGAACGGAGACUACACCAAAGAAGAAUUCGCAGGCAACACCAAAGAAGUCGAAGCCAGCCCUGGCCAGUGUCGGUCGAGCUCGUGGAAGACCCCCCAAAAGCCUGUCGUUGAACAAGCCCAAGCCGACCAACGACAUAAUGCGUUUCUUGAAAGAUGCCAAAUCUGGACCCAAGGAGCUAGAGAUUCCCGAAGGAAUGGAUCCGGAAUUUCUAGCCGCCCUUCCGGACGAAAUACGUGCCGAGGUCAUCAAAGACUACAAACUUCAGCAAGCUAGAGAAAAUCGUGAACCGUUGAACCAACCGAAACCCAGAGAAGUCUCGCCUCAACCGUCCACGUCAUCGGCCAUGAAAACAUCCCCCGUCGUUGCCGACGAGAAGAUUAGCGUGGAUCUGAAGUUCCUUCAGGCCCUUCCGCCAGAACUUCGCCAAGAAGUGGAGCGGCAGAUCGAACUGCAGAAGGAUACCAUGGUGAUCACCAGUAGCGAACCGGAGUUCCACGAACGUCUUCAGGUCACUCCGGAACAAAGUCCCGUGAAGGAACGUUCAGAAAUGACCACCCGAAAACCGGAACCGGAAGCGGAACAGAACAUUUUGCUGCGGUCGGAUUGGCGCGGUCUUCUGUCGGCAUGGGUGGAAAGCGGUGACGAACCGGAAGGGGAAGACGUGGACAUGAUCGCUGGGAACGCACGGGACUUGGUGCGGGGGAAGCGACUGCACGAGCUCUACCUGGCGUUGCGAUUUCUGUUUCGGAUCUUGGACGAGCGGGGCAGCUGCCAAUGGCACCGUGUCUACGGUAGGAUCGUGCAAGCAGUGCAGGUUGUGAUGAUGGAAAUCUACCGUACUAAAAUGGCUGUGCUGGAGAAAUUCGGAUGCGGGAAACCAGAAUGUUGCAAUACGGCGAAGUAGGACACUUUUGUCUACAUCUUUUUUGUUAUUUUUUGAUAAAGUUUGUUACACAAUUCGUAGAUCAAUUUAUUGCGUACAUUGGAUAUUUAUCCCCUACUAAUACAAUACGCUUAAAUGUAAA